UGUUUUAACUCCGUUAUUGAAUGAAAAGUAUAUAUUCGGCGUAACUUUAAAAUAUUGCCAGAAAUUGAAACCUUUAACAUGUCAAUAAACAGGGAGACCAGCACCGAUCUAAGACUUCCACAACAAACUUUUGAUGACGACUUCAUACUUACAAUUUCUAAAGUGUUCAGUGGGGUGAGGUGGAUAGGAAUAGUUGGAGCCAGUCGAAUUAAAUGGAAACUCUAUGCGCUUACCCUAUUUUGUCUUUUCCUCGCUAUUGAAGGUCAAGCUUCUAAGAAAGUGAUGAGGGCACUGGCUGGAGUGGCUGUUGAUAUAUCGGGACACAGAAGUGUUGCCGCGAGACUAGCAGGUUUAAUGUUUUACACUGCUGUACUAUUAGGAUUUAUUCAAAGUAAUCGAAUUUCUAAUUCUUGGAAUGACAUAUCUGUGUACUGGGCUUCCGUAGAAUGGUCACAAAAUAUACCAAAUAUGUCACGUGACAAAACAUUAAGGAAGAGGAUGUAUAGAGUUACUCUUGUUAUAAUAAUGAGCGGGUCAGUUGUAUAUUUCUUAGAUGCAUUGCAAGCCAUUAAUUUUCAGUGUAAAUUACCAUUUUGUUUAAAACAAAUUAUUCUCAAAACUCAUGGAUUCCUGCUCCGUGAAUCAGAAUAUUCUGAUUGGGUUGGAAUCCUCACUCUAUUCAUGAGUGUGAUUGCAAACAUUAUCUGGAUCUUUCAAGAUUUGCUAAUUAUUCUGUUCAGCAUGGGCUUAUCCUCUAGAUACCGCAGAUUGAACGAGUGCGUCGAGGUCAUGGUUGCAGAAAAUAAUAGGAAUAAAAACUGGAGUAAGGAUCAAGAUAUUUUACAAAUAUACGCAUGGAGGAAGAUAAGGGAAGCAUAUAUAAAACAGGCGAUUUUGGUACGUCGCGUUGACAACACCUUGGGUGGUCUCGUUCUUGUCUACAACUUUUUUAAUUUUUAUUUUAUUUGCCUGCAACUAUUUUACGGAAUCAUCCAAGGAAUAUCGAACGAUGGAACUAAAAAUUAUUUUUUCUUGAUUGAUCUCGUUUGGGUGGCUGGUCGGACAAUUUACACGAUUCUAUCAGCUGCUGACGUGAAUAAGUAUUCUACUAUGGCUCUACCAUAUUUAUUUAAUUGUCAAAAUAAUGGGUACAACAUCGAGGUACAAAGGCUUCAAAAACAGCUCAUUAAGAAUUACGUUGCUCUAACCGGCAUGGGAUUCUAUAAUAUAAAUAGAAGUGUCGUUUUACAGAUGAUGGGAACUAUUGUGACAUAUGUACUGGUGCUUGUCCAAUACGAUGCCUCUGAAGGAUAAAAUGCUAAAAAAAUACUAAAGAAUAAAUUACUUACCAUGCUAAUACAAAUCUCGAAAAAGUAUAAAAAUAAUUGUCGAUGUCAUAAUUAUUAGACAUCAAUGUAAUUAAUUAAAGAAAAAUUAAAAUCAGAUUGUAAUUAUAUGAUUCUAUAUAAA